GGCACCAGCGGCGCCCCCAAGAAGCCGCAGGUGAGCGGGGAGGGGGAGCUCGCCCCAAAUCUAUCACGGGCGGCUCCGGGAGGGUUUUUUUUUCGGGGCAGGGGAUGUUUGGAUGUGGCAGGAGCCCAAAGGCGAGCCCGAAAUGGCCCUGGAGGGAUAUUGGCGGGUCCCACGUGGCGAUGGCCCGGGAGCGGCGGGGAGGGGGCGAUCUCGGCUCUGGGCAUCGCCGGCAGAGCCGGGGGGGAAGGCGGGAGCCCCGGAGCGGGGAGAGCGCCCAGGGCCGAUCCCGGAGCCGGGGCACCCCCGGCAGCCUGGAGGGCUGCGGGAGCUCGGUGAUGAGCGGGCUCCGGGCCCCCCGAGGCUGAAAGGGGCGCUGACUUCUCCAGCUGCCCUUGGCCAGCGGCACCAGCGAACCCAACGCGCUCAGCCCUUGUUUUCCUCCCCAAAGCAGCAUUUCCCAAACCUCGGCACCGAGGAGGAGGAGGAGGCCGUGAGGAAGAAGAGGAGGAAGGCCCUGGAGGCGCAGGCAGAGCAGGAGCUGAGCACGGAGAGCAGCGAGGACAAAUCCCCGCGGCAGAACCUCGUGCAAGAGGCCGUUGGCAGCGGCUCCACGGCGCAGGAACGCAACGGGGAGGAAAAGCCCCGCAGAUCCCGCACCAGGAGGGGCUGCAAACGCACAGCCCGGGGAUCCCAGCAGGAAAGAGCCAGCCCGGGCCGGGGAGGCGGCUGCAGCUCAGAGCUGGGGCUCCAGGAGCAGCUUCACGAUGGGGAGAAGCCCCACAAGUGCUCGGAAUGUGGGAAGGGAUUCAGGAGGAGAUGGGAGAUGAUCCAACAUGAGAGAAUCCACACGGGGGAACGGCCCUAUGAGUGUGGGGAGUGUGGGAAAAGAUUCAGCCAUAGCACAAACCUGAAUUCCCACCGAAGGAUCCACACUGGGGAGAGGCCCUAUGAGUGUGGGGAGUGUGGGAAGAGAUUCAGAGAGAGCUCAAUCCUGAAAAAACACCAGAGGAGCCACACUGGGGAGAGACCCUAUGAGUGUGAUAAAUGCUGGAAGAGAUUUCGGGGAAGCUCCCAUCUCAUCCAGCACUAUCGCACUCACGUGGAUGAGAGGCCUUAUGAGUGCCCUGACUGCGGGAAGGGUUUCAAGCAAAUCUCCACCCUCAUCACCCACCAGCGCAUCCACACUGGGGAGAGGCCCUACGAGUGUCCCGAGUGUGGGGAUAGAUUCUCGCAGAGCUCUAAGCUGAUCCAACACCAGAGAAUCCACACUGGCGAGAGGCCCUAUGAGUGUGAUAAAUGCAGGAAGAGAUUUAACAGCAAAUCCAUUCUCUUCAAUCACUAUCGCAUCCAUGCUGAGGAGAGGCCGUUCUGCUGCCCCAAAUGCGGGAAAGGCUUCAAGCAAAACUCCACCCUAGUCAGGCACCAGCGCAUCCACACUGGGGAGAGGCCCUAG